AGCCAUCACGUGGAGCUGGUGCAGCCAGGCGGCGCUAGAAGACUCACUCGAAUGGAUAAGGUGAGUAGGCCUCGGACGAUUGCAGUGCGCCAGCAACAGCAGCAGCCCAAACCUCCUUCCCCCAACAAGCUCGCGGCCAAGCUCAAAGCCGCCAAGCAUGCUCCAGUCAAAACAACCUGCAACAAGUUUGAGCUCUCAGAUGUGUUUGCCACAUCUCGACUGCGGGAACUGCAGAAAAAUACAAAGAGCAGUGCGUCCAAGGUCAAGCCGGCAUCUGCAACGUCGUCGCAGAAUCAUCACCAUCCGUCCAACCAGGGCGAGUUGUCCAGUCCCACCAAACCCAAAACCACGGGCGCCUUCAAAGUUCGACCGAUUGAAAAGACCAAAUUUCGAUACUUUUAUGACCGUGCGGACUUGCCGCUUCGCGUAAACUUUUCAGGCGCGGUGCGCAAAGUUCAAUGGCAAGUGGACAUUACGCAGAUCGACUAUAGCCACUACUUGCCGUUGUUCUUUGAAGGCCUGCGCGAACUAGACGAGCCGUACCGGUUCCUUGCCCUCAAUGGCACGAUGGACAUGUUGGAGAAGGGCGGUGACCGGCCGCUGACUUGCAUUCCUCACCUCGUGAUCCCCAUCAAGCAAAACCUCAUGACCAGACAUCCCACCAUUAUGUGCAUCCAAAUGAAAGUGCUGCAAAAACUCGUGCUCACGUGUCCAUACGCGGGCGAGGCUCUAGUCCCGUACUACCGUCAGAUCCUGACCAUUUUCAACCUCUUUGCCACGAAACGAGUGAAUUGUGGAGACGCCAUCGAUUACGGCCAACGGCGAGACGAAAACAUUGGUGACCUUAUCAUUGAAACUCUGUACAUAUUAGAGCGACAUGGCGGCGAAGAUGCGUUCGUCAACAUCAAGUAUAUGGUGCCCACGUACGAAAGCUGCAUGAGCUAACUAACGGACUUGGGUGCUGCCACAACGGCAUCCAUCCAUCAUAAACAAAUAACCCCGACAUAUAUCGACUUGGUCUGGAAAGUUGUUCCCACUCCACAAUACUGAUAAUAUAUUUUACCCAAUCGAA